AUGAAGGUGGGAAGUGCUGCGAAGCUCGAAACUCGCCCACUAACUCUGCGACAAUCUCAGGUCAUCAAGGCUGUCUACGACUAUAAUGCACCUCCCGGCACGAACAUGUGCUUGUCCUUCUCCGCCGGCGACUUCCUCCACGUAGUGAGCCGAGAAAACGACAGCGAGUGGUACGAAGCCUGCAAUCCCUUGCGCGGCGAGCGAGGACUGGUCCCCGUCAAGUACUUCGAGAACGUCGGCAAGACGGUGCGCGACAGCGGCGAUUCCUCCACAUCCAUAACGACGACCACGCACGAUAGCGGAUACGCCGAAGGCUCGACGCCGCCCUCACACAUCACUCCCGCGCCCACAUCCGCCCCGAGAAUGAGCGGGAGCGUACCCAUGAUGCCCGGACAUGCUCGCGCCAAGUCGUUUGGCAAAAACCCUGCCGGCAUCUAUGGCGUGGUAUCAUACGACUUCCACGCCGAAAGGCCGGACGAGCUGGAUGCGAAAGAGGGCGAGGCCAUAAUUGUUAUUGCGCAAUCAAAUCCAGAGUGGUUCGUGGCGAAGCCCAUAACCAGACUCGGAGGGCCUGGUCUCAUUCCCGUAUCCUUCAUCGAAAUCAGGGAUAUGACCACUGGUCAAGCAGUGCCAGAUGCAAUGGAUGCCGUUCAGAAAGCCGGCAUCCCACGAGUCGAGGAGUGGAAGAAGAUGGCGGCGGAAUACAAGAACACCAGUAUACCCUUGGGCACUGUUUCAACCGCAGGCGUAGGCAGCAUACAGCAAGGCAUGGACCGAAUGAGCCUCAGCAACGGCUUCCAGAACGGACAUGCUCGAAGUAAUUCGUACAACACCCAGCAACACCAGAACCUCUUCGCGCCCGUGCGAGCAUCCGUACCCCGCUACACCUUUGCAGAUGAUAAGUUCCACUUUGUAGUCGAGUGCAAAUUAUCGAAUGGCUCGCACUGGGAUCUCUCGCGCAUUUACGAGGACUUCUACGAAUUGCAGAUCAACCUAAUAAACGCAUUCCCUGACGAGGCUGGACAGGUGUCGGGAAAGCCUAGAAUAUUGCCAUACAUGCCGGGACCAGUCAAGUUCGUCACUGAUAACAUCACGGAGGGUCGACGGUCGAAUCUGGACGAAUACCUGCGCGAUUUACUACGGUUACCUAGCCACGUUACCUGCUCGUCACUAGUGCGGAACUUCUUUUCGCCACGUGAAGGAGACUACGAAGUCGACCCCCAGGCGGUGAACCUGGACGACCAUGCACGGCCCGGAGAUUCCUGCGAUAGAUACUCGCAGGCUUCACAAGGGUCACAGCAAGUCCAGAACCAACAAAACCCCUAUCAUCAACAGCAAGCGCGACCUCCACCGCCGGCAGGCCACCAAUACUCGCAAUCUCAGGCUUCGAUAGGUCCCUACGGCCACCAAAGAGGACAGCAGUCACAAGCCAACGCCAGCAUACAAUCACAGUCACCGCCGAAUGCUCCCGGUCUGCCCGUGCAACCUCAACGCGCCAUGACGAGCAAUACAAUGGGAUCCACCGGUUCAACAGGCCCCGUCAAAGUCAAAGCAUGGUUUGAUAGGGACACGUGUGUCGUGAUACGCAUGCCACCGCGAGGACAAUUCACAUUUGACGAACUCCACAAGAAGAUUGUCGAAAGGCGAAAGCUGGAGUACAAGGGCCAAGACCAAGAUGACGAAGAUCUCGACAUCGAAUACCGAGACGAAAAGGAUGGCGAGUACUAUCGAUUGGAAAGCGACGAGGAUUUGGAUAUUGCGGUGGAACGGAAUGAAAAAUUGACUCUUGCUGUACGAGCCACAAGUCAGUAA